AUGACUAAAAAUACUGGCAAAAAUUCGUCAUGUAUUCGACAACCUGGGAAUGGACACCCAAUUCACUUACAUGUACCUGGUGAUACACCGAUCCAUCUCCAUGUCAAUAAUAAAACACAGGUAUCUCGCAUGCCUGGUUUGGCGACUCCAAAAACACCUGACACUAGUCAGUCUCAAGCACCAUGGGUCCCACCACCAGGAAAAACAAGUUCAGGGCGAUACGUAUACGACCCGACACGUCGCGUAAGAAUGAAGUCUAAUGAAAGGAAACCCCGAUCACGUUCUGUGGAAUCUGUUAGUGAUGUACACAAGGAUAUUAUACAGUUAAAUGAUGUGGAAUCUGAUAAAGAGCCACAAGACCAGCACUUUAAACAAUUUAGUUCCCAUGAUACUAUUUCGAUGCAAGAGCAACCAUAUAGUUCUGUGAAGCAUAAGGAAACAAUUAAGCCUACCUAUAUCGCAGGAAAGAACAAGGGUUUUGAAGACAGACUAAGUGAUGGAUCAUUGUUGGCAACUGUGGUUUUAGAUGAAUGGAUUAGAGACUUGGAUACUGCGACUAAUCAUAUUGCGAAAUCAGCAAGAAAUAUAGUAGAUUGUCUAGAACAGGUAGCAUAUGAAGGAAGAUGUGUUGACUCACAUGAUAUGUCACGUCUUGUUCAACCACGGGAUGAGUUAUUAUUACAUGCUGAAGUAGCUGGGUGUGCAGGACGAGAGUUAUGUCGCUGGGCUUCAAGUAUUCAACAACAACAAGAUCAAAUUUUAAAUAAUCGCUUAGCUCAGACGCAAAACCGUGAAGCCACUUUAACCUCUGAAGUUCGACAUUUGACAGAGAAACUGGGCCGAAUGGAAGUUGAUUUGGAAUUAGCUCGAAAACAAUUGAAUGAACAACAAAAUGAAAGUUUAAAAUUCAAUACAGUACAUGAAUCCAUGGAGUCUGUUAAAAACCACUUGCAACGUCAACUACGUCAACGUGAAUCAGAAUGCAGCCGUUUGUCUGUUCAAGUACGUAAUUUGGAAACUCGUCUAGCAGAACAACAAGCACAGAAUCAAGCUCGUCUAGAAACAGCUGAAGUCAGUUUAGAACGUAUGCGAGAAACAAAAGAAGCAUUGAAACGAGCUGCUAAGUCACAAAAACGUCGUGCAGAUGAAGCUGAAGAAGCAUAUCGUGAAAUUUCCCACAAACUUGCUACUCAAGAGUCCAUUAUAGCUGGUUUUCAGACGGAAUUGGAAAACUGUGCUCUUAGAUCUAGAGGCCGUAGCAAGGAGCGCCAGUUAAAUGAUGUAGGCAUUAUGCAUGAUGGUGGAAUGGUGGAUUCAAAUAAAUCUAUGUAUGUGAAUGGCGAUAAGAGUCUAAGAGAGGAAAAUCUCCGAUUACGUGAAGUAGCGUCGAAAUGCGAACAACGUCUACAUGCAGCUGAAGAAGAACUACAGCAUCUGCGUACUAGUUUGUCCACUUGUGAAGCUUUACUAAAUGAUUAUCACGGAGAUGCUGCAAUGCAGGCUAGUCGACUACAUACGUUGAAUGAACGAUUAAAAAAAACAGAAUCUGACAGAGAGCGUAGUCAGAUUCAGUUGGAUGAUGUAGAACAAAGAUUGCUUGAAGCAGAGCACCGUAAUCGUAUUCUAGAGGAUGCGUUACAAUCAAAGGAAUCCCAGAAAGGCGACUAUGUGGCCAGCACUCCGGUCAAUAUAAAACAAUCAUCCAAAGUAGGAGAAUGCGACCAACAAUUGCUUUUGGAUCAUGAGGAUUAUUCUGGUCAAAACAGUCAAUUAAAUGGAGGUUCUAAUAUAGGCUUAUUAAAAGAUCAAAAUAUAACAGGCACAACAAAUAAUGAAUUAAUUCAAGAACUAAGAAGAGAAUUAUGUGAAGCUCAGAACGAAAAAAAACAAAUAGAAAAUCGUACUGAAAUACGUUUAAAUGAUUUGAGAGCUCAAUUGAAUCAAGCUGAUGCAACGAAUCGAAGUUUACAGGCAUAUUUAACAUUUUUAAAGCGUUCAUAUGCUAGUGUAUUCCAACCAGACAUGUUAAUAAAUCCUUCAUUAAUCAGUCCUUGUCAACCUAUUGCAUGUUCGUUAACAACUCAAAUGACUGCCAAUAAUACAAUAUCGAAAAAUACACAUCGUGAAUGCGUAUAA